AUGAAAGUUGUCGUUCUCGGAGCUAGUGGCUUCAUCGGUAACCCUGUCGCCCAAGCCUUCUCUCGCGCCGGGCAUAUCGUAUACGGGACCACUCGGUCUUCCAGUACGGCGGCAAGUCUCGAUAAAGAAGAGAUCAUUUCUGUCGUCCUGGACCCCACUACGGCGGAGGGCAAGGAGCAGCUAGCCAAGCUGGCGGAGAAGGUCGAUGUCGUCAUCGACACCAUCCCCGAGACUGGUCCUGAGGGACCCCUGGCCACUUUCAAGGCGGUCUCUUCGGCGGUCGAGAAGCGCCAGAACGGCGCCAAACUUACCUACAUCUACACCGGUGGAUCGUGGUGCCACUCUCGCGGUCUCGGCGGGCUGGAUCAAUGGACAGAUGAGAGGCAGCCGUAUGGCCACGGUGUGCAGUUGACACAGUGGAGGUGGAAGGUCGAGGAACAGGUUUUAGCGUCUACGGCGGUCCAAGGCAUCGUCAUCCGCCCGUCUAUCCUCUACGGCCGGUCUGGGUCACUUACCUCCAUGUUCGUCUUCCAGCCCGCUGCCAAGGCUCAGGGAGGAACCUUCAAAGUGGUAGGAGAGCACGAGUCGAGGAUGACCACUAUACACGCGGAUGACCUUGCGGAUCUGUAUCUUAGAGUCGCCGAGCGGGGCUCCAUCUGCAAGGGCCAAGCGUUCCUCGGCGCCAACCCACAGACCGAGCGACUGACCGACUUCUGUGACGCGGUGGUGCGUGCCUCCGGCAGUCAGGGAUACGAGCUGCAGGCUCCGAGCAACCCUUUUGAAGAUGCAUGGGUAUCGACUACAUUGGCAAGGCCGUCCCUUGGAGAGGCUCUGACCGGAUGGAGGCCGAAGAAAAUGGGACUGGUAGAUGGGGUUGACUUGUACUGGGCCGCCGCUAAAGCUCACAUGCAGGAGCAGCAGUAG